CGUGGUGGCCGGAGGCGGCGGCGGCGGCGGCGGUGGUGAAGGCGACGCGUCCCAGACGGACCAAGUCUCCUGCUGCCUGGAGCUGGCCUGGAAUGGGUAAUGGUGUGAAGGAAAGUGCGGUGCGUGUGCGUGAGGAUGCCGAGGCCGUCCUGCCCUCACCUGUUAAUUCCAAGAGCGACCACAGGCAAGUUCUCAGCUCCCUCCUGUCUGGGGCCCUGGCUGGUGCUCUGGCCAAAACGGCGGUAGCUCCCCUGGACCGAACCAAAAUCAUCUUCCAAGUGUCUUCAAAAAGAUUUUCUGCCAAGGAGGCCUUCCGGCUCCUCUACUUCACCUACCUCAACGAGGGCUUCCUCAGCCUGUGGCGCGGGAACUCGGCCACCAUGGUGCGCGUGGUGCCCUACGCCGCCAUCCAGUUCAGCGCCCACGAGGAGUACAAGCGCAUCCUGGGCCACUACUAUGGCUUCCGCGGAGAAGCCCUGCCCCCUUGGCCCCGCCUCCUGGCAGGCGCACUAGCUGGAACAACAGCUGCUUCGCUGACCUACCCCCUGGACCUGGUCAGAGCAAGGAUGGCCGUGACCCCGAAGGAAAUGUACAGCAACAUCUUUCACGUCUUCAUCCGCAUCUCCCGAGAAGAGGGCCUGAAGACCCUCUACCACGGGUUCACGCCCACCGUGCUGGGGGUCAUUCCCUACGCCGGCCUGAGUUUCUUCACCUAUGAGACACUCAAGAGCCUGCACAGAGGUGACAUGACUCCUCUGUCACCAGAGCCUCCUGCUUCAGAACAGCCUUCUCCCAAGAGGAUUAUUUGGAUCCUGGACUCCGUGGCCAUAGUAGGGCACCAGGAGUGGGUCUUCCUCUCUGUCGCCCACCUGUCUGGUUUGUAAUGUUUCCAGGAGGGUCACAUCUCCUCCACACAGCAGGGUUUGAGGAAUUGCCACGAGUUUGGGUCUGAGUCCUAGCCGGAGGGCAUCUGCUGGAAACUGGGCACCCAGGUCACCUUCUCUGGGCCUGGAAGCUCCCACCCCUAUCGCUAUCCCACAGGCCGCACCAGUAGAGGCCUGGCCUUAGGCCCUAGCCCUCUGCCCCUAGGCACAGCGGCUCCUGUGGGUAUGUGUGGCAUCUGGCAUGUCCCUGGCUCCCCACCUGAGCAGGCACUUGGCCAAGACACAGGGCAGUUUAAGACCCACAGGGUUGUCAGAUUUCCAUGAAGAGAGCGCAUGGAGGCAACUUGCAGCCUUGAUCUUCCCAAAAUGGGGGCCCCUGAGACCGUGUGUAGCCCAGGGGGGGAUUCUCGGAGAAAUUGGGGAACCCCAGGGCACCUCUAGGGAGCUGGUCUCAUGGAGAAGUCCCCUAGGGUCUGCUCGGUGUCACAUUUCAGAAUGACUUUGGGAGUUUCUUGAUUUCUUUUGGUUUUGUUCUUUAAUCUGGCUGACUCUGGGUCUAGUCACAGUAAACCCCGACCCGUGUGAUCUGGUUCCAGGCAGAGGUGACCAGAGGGUCGGUUUUCACAGAGAGCUCCUCAGCGCCGAUGUGUGAAAGGGUCUAAGAGGGCGCGUUUGCCCCAUGCACAUUUCCAGUCGUGACCUUCAUUUCUCCCCUUUGUUCUGUCCCGUUGGUGUCCUUGCCUGGGACCCCUGCAGGUAUGAAGACCCCUCUCUCUGUCCUUCCUUGCAUGUGUCUGCCGGCCAGCCUGACUCUCAUCCCCAGGGUCUCAAGGCUGUUUUGUUGGGUGGACUUCGCUCCUCCUGUCCUUGCCCUGCCCAGCGCCCAGUCUCAGCAGGAGAGGCAGGGACCCCUCACAGGGAGACGGGCUGGGGACCCAAGGGCCACCAGGCAAGAGAAAGCAGCAGGGACUGGGGGGUCCACCGCAGGCAGGUGAGACCAAACGAGUGGCUCUCUGAGCCUCAGGCCGGGUGGCAGAGGGGAGGGACCCCCAGGUCCCGCCAGCCCCACCGUGCCUCUCCAAGGUGGCUCCCAGUCGAGUGGGCCUCAGCCACACACACAGCUGGGCUGGUGCCCUCCGUGGCCACACCCCUCCCACCGGUGUCCAUCGUGAUCUGGAGUUACAUUUUGAUGCCAUGAAGACACUUUGUUUAUAUAUAAUGUUUAUAUAUUUUAAAAGAUUUGUGCCAAGAGAGUAUAUUUAAUAAAAAUUAAAAUGACUUUUU